GCUACUCGUUCUCAACGGCGUUGACUGCGAGCCUACAUUAAAGAAAUACCCGUAUGUUUCGUAAAGGUCGUCGGAUUCUGCCAGAUAGCGAAAGUCAUUCAUUAGUUUGUAAGGGAUGUUGGCAUCAAUAGGAAGGCGGUUCAUAGCAACAACAAGCCAGCAGAUACGCAGUCUGCAUCGUACCACUCCAGCAUGGAGUGACAAAUUAUUUGUACACAGAGAUACACCUGAAAAUAAUCCCAGUACACCAUUUGAGUUUACACCAAAAAACUUGGAGAGAUGCGAGACCAUUAUCGAAAAUUAUCCGGAAGGUCAUCAGUCAGCAGCAGUCAUUCCUCUUCUUGAUCUAGCACAGCGUCAGCAUGGCUGGCUGCCUAUUUCUGCAAUGCAUAAAGUGGCUGACAUGUUGAACAUGCCUCGUAUGAGAGUCUAUGAAGUGGCCACUUUCUAUACAAUGUUUAACAGGGAACCCGUAGGCAAGUACUUUGUGCAGAUCUGUACCACAACUCCCUGCAUGCUGGGUGGUGUGGGCUCUGAUGUCAUUUUAGAAGCCAUUGAAAAAGAACUAGAAAUUCACCCAGGACAUACAACUAAAGAUGGCUUGUUCACACUGGCUGAAGUAGAAUGUCUUGGUGCCUGUGUCAACGCUCCCAUGGUGCAGAUCAAUGAUGAUUAUUAUGAGGACCUGACAGUAGAAGACAUUACACGUAUUUUGAAGGAGCUGAAAGAAGGCAAGAGACCCAAGCCAGGACCUCAGAGUGGACAAAAUCACAGAUUUUCUUCUGAACCUAAGGAAGGGCUGACAUCACUAACUGGACCUCCACCAGGACCUGGCUUUAAAGUUAGAUGUGACUUAUAGUAAGGGCUGUAGUAUGUUUGACUGCCUAAUGUCUGUCAGUCAUAUGACACUGAGGUAGUAGUAGAGCAUAAGAAACAUUGGUGAUGCUGUAAUCAGCCUUGAUUUUCAGUUAGUAAGUACCUGUUAAUAACUAAAAUCUUGCUUCAGAAGACUGUACAUACACAUUAAAGAGGAUGACUUUCUUGG